AUGGAAAGAAAAUUAAAUCCAGAGACUGAUAAGAAGAAAAUAGAAGAUGUCUUAAGGUUAUUAAAACUGAACGAUGUUGAUUUAUCAAAGUUAUCUGAACAGCAAAGGAAAGAGAUGAAAGAUCACAAAUUUUGGAAGACUCAGCCUGUACCUUCUUUUGAUGAAAAAAUUGAGGAGGAAGGACCUAUUCAUUCAGAUAAAACUCCAGACGAUAUUCCAAAUGAACCAUUGCCAAUGUUGCCUGAUUUUGAAUGGUGUACUGUUGAUAUUGAAGAUGAAGGUCAAUUAGAAAAUGUUUUUGUAUUAUUGAAUGAAAAUUAUGUGGAAGAUCGUGAUGCUGAAUUUAGAUUUAACUACACAAAAGACUUUUUCAAAUGGGCCCUAAAAUGUCCAGGUUGGAAACCAGAAUGGAAUGUUGGUGUUCGUGUUAAGAGUACAGGCAAAUUAGUAUCAUUCAUAUCAGCUAUUCCUGUUGAUUUACGAGUGAGAUCAAAGUUUUUGAAGAGUGUUGAAAUCAAUUUCUUAUGCAUUCAUAAGCAGUUGAGAUCAAAAAGAUUGGCACCAGUUUUGAUCAAAGAAAUAACUAGAAGAGUUAAUAAAGAAAACAUAUGGCAUGCGCUAUAUACAGCAGGCACCGUUUUACCAUCGCCAAUUUCUACAUGUAGAUAUACACAUCGUCCUUUGAACUGGUCUAAGCUAUGUGAAGUUGGCUUUACCGCCUUACCGGAAGGUAAGACCAACCCACAAAUGGUUGCUCAAUAUACAUUACCAAAAGGUCCUUUAAUGAAAGGAUUCCGUCCAUUGGAAUUGAAAGACAUUGAUGAAACAUUAAGCUUGUUUAAUAGGUACCAAGAAAGAUUUGAUUUGGUACAACUAUUUUCAAAAGAAGAAUUUAAGCAUUGGUUCUUGGGAUCUACGGAUUCAAAAGUAUCUACCGAAAGUGAAGUCAUCUAUUCUUAUGUCGUUGAAAAUGAAAAUGGUAAGAUAGUUGAUUUCGUAUCAUUUUAUUCAUUACCAUUUACCAUUCUGAACAAUGCAGUCUAUAAAAACUUGGGAAUAGGUUAUCUAUUUUACUACGCAUCUGAUGCAGACUUUACAUACACAGACAGAUUGAACCCAGAGGCUAGUGAAAAAUUAAAGAAAAGAUUAAAUUCUUUAGUUAAAGAUGUAUUAAUUAUUGCUAAAAGCAAUAAGAUGGAUGUCUUCAAUGCAUUGACUUCACAAGAUAAUUCAUUAUUUUUAGAUGACUUGAAGUUUGGUCCAGGUGAUGGUUUCUUAAAUUUUUACUUAUUCAAUUAUAGAGCAUUCCCAGUACAUGGAGGUAUAACUGAAACCAAGAAGUAUGAUGUUGAAAAACGUAGUGAUGUCGGUAUUGUAAUGCUAUGA